AUGAAAAUCACCUCAUUCCUCACUAUCAUCGCGGCUCACUAUGCCAGCGCAGAGAUGGUCUAUCUGGUCAACUCUGUCAAAGGAAACGAGAUCUCCAGCGGCAUGGCAUACUACGCCGAUGGACACUCUGCCGCAAACCUGGCGCAGCCAGAUACCUACACCGACGUUACGCACGGGUACAACGUCCACUGGGAAGGAAACGAUGUAAAGGGCACCUUCAGCAGUGGGGUCACUUUCACCUCCAAGAUCGUUGCCGACGCUGCCAGCAAAACCUACAACAGUUGGGUCGGAUCCGGAAACAAUGGAUACAAGGACUUUACUUGCUGGAAGACGUCCAACCCCGGGAGCAGUCCCUCCUUUUCCUUGCUGUAUCGCGUGGACGGUUGGGACGUCUACAGCAUCUACUUUUGCCGAAACAACAACUGA